AUGGAGGACAACAAUGAAAGGGAAGAUGGGCGCCGUCCUGUUAAUAUAACCACUACUCCAUUGUGGAAGUAUGUAACAAUUACACGGGAUAGUGUUGACGGUGGUGGAAACAAAGUUUGGAAGUGCAACUUUUGCAGCAAGAAAGUAAUUGGCUCAUAUUAUAAGGUGAAGGGCCAUUUGCUGCAUUUUUCGGGUAGAGGAACCACUACUUUUACAAAGGUCAACAAUGAGCUUAAGGAAGAAUUUAAUUGCGAAGAGAAAGGAGCCGUACUCAACAAGUUGACUUCAAAGGUAGAUGAACAACAAAGGUUAGAAUAUCUUUCCCUUCCUCUAGGAUUUGAUUUGAAACAACCUAAGAAAAGAAAAGGUAUUGCUGGAUCUUCUAUUGAAAAGGUUUUCAAAGCAAAAGAUAGGGAAGAUCUUGAUAAACAACGUGCUAGGAUGUUUAUUUUUGCUGCUCUCCCAUUUAAUUUUGCAAGAAACCCCUACUUCAGGAGUUAUUGUACGAAUUUAGCCAACAGUGGUCUUGAUGGGCCUAUAAUAAACAUUAUGGGUGCAUCUAGUACAUCAGCUGUGUUUAUUGAUUCUGUUGAUGCAUCUGGAAAGCGCAAGGAUGCUGCUUUUGUAUCCGAGGUCUUCAUUAAGGCCAUUGAAGAAGUGGGAGCAGAGAAUAUUGUCCAGUGUAUAUGGCUGAAGAACCUAUGUACAGAUGUAAAGCAAAUUCAGAAAUUCGUGACUACACAUGACAUGGUAAAGAUUAUAUUCACCAAGCAUACUAAGUUACAACUCUUGUCGGUGGCCGAGACAAGGUUUGCAAGCCAUUACGUUGUUGCAGAACGCAUGAAGGAAGUCAAGGAAGGUCUCGAAAAAAUGGUUAUGGAUUCAGACUUUAGGGUUCUGUUUAAAACUACCAAGAAUUCGAUUCAUAUUAAAGCUCGUGAGUUCAAAGAAAAUAUUUUGAAUGACAGUUGGUGGGACAAUCUUGACUACUUCUUAAAGUUUAUUGAACCUAUAUAUGAGAUAAUUCGUGUGGGUGACAAAGAUGCGCCUGUCUUGCAUCUUGUGUACGACAUGUGGGAUACAAUGAUCGAAACAACCAAGGUUCACAUUUUCGACCACGAAGGGAAAGAUAUUUUAACUGACACAUCUGAUUUUUUUGAUGCCAUUCAUAAAGUGUUAGAAAGUAGGUGGAACAAAAGUUCUACCCCUUUGCAUUGUUUGGCACAUUCACUUGUGUCAAGAUUCUAUAGCACCCGAUGGCUUAAGGGUAGCACAUCGGGAUUUUCAAGGGUUUCCCCCCAAUGA